UGGGCGUUAUUGCUUUCUUUCUUCUUAUUCUCCAUUUUCAUUGUUGGCUGAGUUGGUGCUGUUUUUUACUUUCUAAUUAAUCACAGAAGAGAACAAAGAAUGUACAGGCUGCCACUGUAUAAAAUUAAAUCAAGUUUGGUUAUUUGGGACCCUUGUAUUUAUUCACCAAAUAUGGCCCCUUUCCCUUUCUUUUCUCCUGUGGGCCUGUGCUGUGAAAACUGUUGUUAUCAUCAACAAUGACUUCCGGUUAUUAUUAUUAUUUUUUUCUGGUAUUUUCUUUUUUCUUUUUCAGACAUCUGGGUCUUCAUUGUUUGUAUUGUAGUCUCUUCCCAUCUCACAGUCCAAAACCCUAAAUACCAUCAAAUUGGUAUUCACCGUUGUACUAAUAUUGAUUUCUUUUUCUUCUUGUUAUACUCGGCCAUUUAUUGCUUCUUACGCUUUUAUGGAGUGCAGAUAUUUCUCAUGCCCUAACUGAACCGGCUUGCUUUUCUUCAUCAAUAGGUUUCUUGGAUAGUUAUUGGAGCUAGUCUCUGGUGCAGCUCACUUGACUAUUUCUUGGGGGCUGGCUGUUUCUUUCCUGUUUCCUCUUUGAUCCAAUUUUCAAGAGUGAUUCUGGAGAAUUUCAGGGUUGAGGCUGUGGCUAUUUCACUUUAGAUUUUGCAAUAUUUUCUAAGUCCUCCGUUGCUUCUUCCUCUUGUGGCUGGAACACUUGAUAGCAAAAUCAACCAAGGGGAUAUGACAUCUAAUGAAACAGGCAGUAGCUCCUCAUGGAGCAGGGAGCAGGACAAGGCAUUUGAGAACGCCCUGGCAACAUAUCCUGAGGAAUCUUCAGAUCGGUGGGAGAAAAUUGCGGAAGAUGUUCCAGGGAAAUCCGUAGAGGAGAUUAAAGAGCACUAUGAGCUCUUAGUUGAUGACAUUAACCAAAUUGAGUCUGGCUGUGUGCCUCUACCUUGCUAUAAUUCCUGUUCAGAUGGUUCUACCAGCUAUGCAGGUGAGGAAGGAACUGGCAAAAAAGGUGGGCAACUUGGGAAUAUUAGCAAUGAAUCAAAUCAUGGAGGUAAAGUUUCAAGAUCUGAUCAGGAGCGACGCAAGGGAAUUGCCUGGACUGAGGAUGAACACAGAUUGUUUCUUCUUGGUCUGGAUAAAUAUGGGAAAGGUGAUUGGCGAAGUAUAUCCCGGAACUUUGUGGUGAGCAGAACGCCUACUCAAGUGGCGAGCCAUGCGCAGAAGUACUUCAUACGUUUGAACUCUAUGAACAAAGAGAGGAGACGAUCAAGCAUUCAUGAUAUCACUAGUGUCAACAACGGAGAUGUCUCAGUUCCUCAGGGACCCAUCACGGGUCAAAUGAAUGGUACUGUUGCAGUUGCGCCUGGCAAAUCUAACAAAUCAACCCCCCAGACCCCGGCUGCUCCAGGCGUUGGUGUUUAUGGCGCGCCAACUCUAGGACAACCUGUAGGAUCGUUUGUUUCAGCUGUUGGCACUCCGGUGAAUCUCCCCCCUCCAGCGGCACAUAUGGCAUAUGGCGUCAGAGCUCCGGUUCCGGUUCCUGGAUCAGUGGUUCCUGGGGCGCCAAUGAACAUGGGGCAUGUGACAUAUCCGAUGCCACACACAUCUGCUCAUAGGUAGAGUGUUCCUUUUCUGCAGCUGGAUAUGUACAAAAGCCAGAAUGGUUACUUGACUUGGUGGUGGUGCGCUGCUAUUGUGUACCUGCCAGCUUGGGCUGGAAUAAUAAUGCUUAUUUGAAGACAAAAAAUUGUCUAAGAAGUGGCAUUCUCACUUGGUGUUUCCGUCCAUCAUAUUUUAAAAUAAACCAGUGGAGGAGCUUUCAGCUUUGUGCAUAUGUAUAGGCAGAGAGCUAUAUAAAGGGUUAAGUACGUGGCAGGCAGCAGUUAGGGGUAGGCCUUCUUACUCUCUUUGUUCAGUUAUUAGGUAGGACAUAUGUAUGUUGUGCACGAGUGUGCUUGUUGCCAAGACACUGCUCUGCUCUUUCUUGGCAAGAAACUGUAAAAAGAACUUAACCCUACCUAUUAGAUCAUCAUCAUCGUUUUAAUUUUA